AUGCUAAUAGCCGAAGAAUGGCUCAAGACGUGGAUCUGUCUGAGCUUUCUAUUCGCCUGGGCUAGAGCGGCACGUCCGCGAUUCGAUGUCUCCACAGACAUGGGUAUGGUUCUCGUACCUGCGGACGCCGAAAUCGGCACUGCCAUUUUCAGACUUCGCGCCACCGAUCAAGAUGCCGAUUUUCCCUUGAUUUUCGAGAUUCUUGGUAAAAGCCAUGAAAUAAAAGUGAGAAUAGAGAAUUUACCGUGUACGUUCUAUAACAAAAUAUGUCAAGCAAACGUAAUACUGACAAAGCGGCUAGUGCCAGGGCGUUUGCACGACUUCAUAGUACGAGUGAGAGAUUCGAGUGGUGACAUGAACUCGAUGCAGGCAACCAUCUCUGUUACCAAUGCAACCACUCUGAGAGAAAAAAUUUUUCCACAUCUACCUACGCUCGUCAUGGUUUCCGAGCUAUUUAAAAUUAAGCAAAGACAAGUAGGAAGCCAAACCAAAGGUGUAAUAACGCUCACAGGAGAGCUUGACUUUGAGACUCAAUCGAUGUAUACUCUCACGAUGUACGCAACGGAUCCGUACACGGAACCGGGCAAAGACACUCGAAACAUCGCAGGCAUCAAUGUCGUAGUUGCAGUGGUCGACGUGCAAGAUGUACCACCGAUAUUCACUCUGGCUCCACCGCUGACGACAAUCAAUAAUACCGUGAGGCCGGGGGACGUCAUUCUACGGGUGCACGCUGAGGACGGCGAUAAGGGCGUCCCUCGGCAAGUUACUUAUGGGCUUAUCUCCGAGGGCAAUCCGUUCACGCCGUUCUUUAAUGUCUCGGAAAGCACAGGCGAAAUAAUCCUGGCCAGGCCGCUGGAAGAGCUAACAAAGAUCACACACGUUGGCGCUCCGAUAAUUUUAAAGAUUGUCGCCGAGGAAAUACGCACGACGAGGGAUGAGCCAGCAGCUCAGGCCAGCGUUGUAGAACUUGGACUGUUACUCGGCGAACCAGGAAAUAGCCCUCCGUACUUCGAAAAUGACAAUUACGUAGCGUGGAUCGAUGAGAACGCGGAACCAGGCACAAUUAUCGUCUUUUCCGACGCUUACUCCACCCAAGUCAAAGACGAGGACAUCGGCAAAGCGGGCGUCUUUGCGUUGAAACUCGAGGGUAAUAAUGGCACUUUCGAGAUUAGUCCUGCGGUCGCUGAGAGGAGCGCGAGCUUUGUCAUUACUGUUCGUGAUAAUUCCUUGAUUGAUUACGAGAAAUUCAAAAGUCUUCGAUUUAGAAUUGUAGCACAAGAAGUAGGACCAGCGACAAACCUAUCAACCUCCAUCCCCGUAACGAUUUUUCUCCGUGACACGAACGAUAACCCUCCCGCUUUCGAUGCAACAAUUUACGAAGCUACGUUGUCGGAAAAUGCUAGCGCUGGCACAAAAGUUGUACAGGUGCACGCGACUGAUAAAGACUCUGGCGUCUUUGGUCGCGUACAAUACACGAAAAUCAUUGGUUCCGUUAGCGAAGGACUCCAAAUGAAUCCCGACACGGGUUUCAUUACAGUGUCGAUAGGGUCAUUUCUCGAUCGCGAGCAAGCUGCUAAACUAGAAUUGACCAUUGAGGCUAAGGAUGAAGAUGGCCGAGGUCUACGAGGGGUUACCAAUCUCAUUGUGAAUAUCAUCGAUAUCAAUGACAAUGCUCCGAUUUUCGAAACAGCCAUUUACGAAUUUAUUCUGAACAACGAGUUGACCAAUUUCACAAUGUCAGCUUUUAUAAAGGCUACAGAUUCCGACGCCGAGCCUCCAAAUAAUAUAGUCCGUUAUGAAAUAGUACACGGCAACUAUGACAAUAAGUUUCAGCUGAACGAAAUCACCGGUCAACUUGUGCUGCGAGAACCAAUCACAAAAAUAAGAAAGGUACGAGCCAGUCAAGCGAGCAAUGCUACGUGGAGUAAUAAAAGCAAGCUAUUCAGGGCGGCUCAGAUCGUACCAUCGAAUAAUCAAACGAAUGCCACGACGGUUACAGUAAAUUCAAUAACGCCAUCGUCAUUUAAAGAUUUUCAUGUUUUGAAUAAUUUGACGGGCUUAGACGACGAUAAGGCAAAUCAAAGUCGAAGAAGACGAGCAGAAGAUACGCCUCUGUUCAUCCUCACAGCUCGCGCUUACGACUUAGGCGUGCCACAUCGAUCAAGCGUAACCCAAAUCCGUGUACUCCGACCAAUGUUGGCAUUCGCACGUAUCGUCAUGUUCGUAAUGCCAGGUGAAAAUCCGGAUCCGAAGAAGACAGCCGAAACUCUAGCAACAAUUACAGGAAGUCGCGUGACGAUCAUGGAAAUAAAGCCAUACGUCGCCGCUCAAGUUGACGCUGGAAAUGCCGACAUUGGAAAGAGGAGCGUGGUCGUAGCUCGAGUAGAACAAAAUGGGCCUGGAACGUUGGUCGAUGUUGACAAGAUCAGAGCUUCAUUGGCGGAAAAUGGCUUUGGUAUUAUUAGCGGUAUGGAUGGUAACGAGAAUCCAACGAGUGGUUACGAAACGAGUAGCGGUAGCAACAUCAAGGAUAGCGGUGCGACAUCGAUGAAUGGCGAGGAUGUGGUAAGGCUUUCUUUCAUCAAAGUAUUUGCAAGAAAUGAAUAUUAUAUGAUUUUAUUGCAGACUGUGUACAAAGCCGAGAAUAAGCUAUUGACGUGGCUGCUAAUACUAUUAGGCUUGCUGAUUUUCACUGCUCUCGUCACGAUAAUACUGUGCUGCGCAUGCUCCAGUUGUCCGUUCUACAUGGAGCCUCGUAAAAGGCGAAUACAUUCCUCGGAAACGCUCAUCAUUCGUUCAGAUGCCAGACCGAAAAGACACUUACACCGCAAGCCUAUGAAAACAGACGAGGGCUACUACAAGGAACGCAAAGAGGCAUGGAGUGCCGAUCCAGAACGUCAGCAAUGGCAAUUCAAUCGUCGGAACACCAACAACCUCGGCAUAUCAUCGCUGCCGGGUGACGUCCAUCAAAGCGCAGCUGAGAUCGAGCGAAUGCGUCGAGCGACUUCUCUCCGCCAGCAGUACGACGCCUUUGGCGAGCCCAUACCGCGAGUAGUGCCGAUGAACCUGGGAGAUGAGCGUAUGUACAUGGAGGAUAUGGAGGUGGCGCAGAGAAAUUUCGAGCAAGCUGAAAUGGAUUCGCUGAGGAGACACGAACUCGAGAGAGGCAGUGAUGGUGUACUGAGGAAUGGCGCAAUCACUGCUGCUGCCGCGGCUGCUGCUAGGCAAGAGCGAAUACGAGAGCAGCAUUAUUACAGGGAAGGCAACGCCGAGGUGCUUAAACUUGUUACGAGGGGAGAGAUUGAAGAUCGCAAGGAGUUUGCCGAUAGACCGAAGGAUCUGUACCACGCCAACGGCAAAGACAUCUUGCUACAGCGUUUCAUCGAGGAUCAAAAGUUGCGCAGAAGUCAAGAUCUACGUGACAGCCCUCACGAAGCAGACGUCGAUCGCAGCAUGGAAUCGCAUCAACGAGCCAACGAGGUCACCGAAAUUCUCAUACUACCCGAGAGACUAGAGAUGCAACGACAACCGAGCUACCCUCAAAGAUCCCACGAUCAAACGAUAAACGUCGACGUUCAGAGAUUGAUAGGCGAGCACCCUUAUAAAACCAGAGACGACGAGGCAGACGACUAUAGAAGCCCACGAGGGGUUGAAACGUCGACGAGAGAUGCGGAGGUAGAGGCGGAGAUCGCUACUUCCGUACAUGAGAGAAAUGCGCCCUUUGGGAUGCACGACGCUGAACUUGUGCGACAGAAUGUUCUGCUAACGAGGCUCUUGCUUGAAAAGGAAGCUAGAAAUGGCUUGAGCGCGCCAGUCGUCGAUAGCUCUAGUUUCCUCGAGACUCAAAGUCUUCCAGGACAAGUUGCUAUCGCCACGCAAACAGAUCGAACAGCGUCAACGCAAACGGAGUGCUUUUUCGGUCGUAGUCGUAGCGACAACGAAGAAUCAGAGGAAGAUCCCCGAUUAAGGCGAAAGUCCAAGACGACACGCGGAAAGUUAGAAGCGAAAGAGGAUUUGAAGCAAAUGAAGACCAUUUGGGUGAGAACGCCGAUUCCCGAGGAGAGCCGCGCGGAAAGUGCAAAUAAAAAUACGACACCAACGAGGAUGAAAAUCAAGGCUAACGAAAGUAAAAAAGUGUCACCCGAUUUACCGAAGGAGAUGAGCCAUUCGCUGGAUUCCGACAACAACGAGGCAGAGCACCAGGAAACGAAGAGAAAGACGACGACGAAGAAGGUAAAGGAAACAAGACUGGAAGAUGAUUCCACGACGCCGUCACCGGAGACUAAAGAGAAGAGUACUUCGUUGAAGAGUAAAGUGAGGAAAAAACCGGAGAAACCCCCGAGAAGGAAGCUAGACUCGGAGAAGAGUCACUUGAUGGAGCCAAGUUUCCGUGUGUUGGAGAGAGAAAUCAGCAGUUUCCAGCAGAAGAUCAAAGACUUCGGCGAUAAAAAACUGAAUUUGCUGAAAAAAGAUGACAGCAAGAGAGAAAAAGAAUCUGAAGACGACAGUGGAGCAACAUACGAUGUCUCCAAGAAGUGCGAAGUGACAGUGAAGGGAAGCAAGAAAAGCGUUUCAAGAGAAACCAGUCCUAAAAAAAUAUCAGUCGAACAAAAAUCAAAGAGGAACGAAGAGGAAAGUAAAUCCCGACAAAACAUCAGUAGUUCCGACCUAGAAGAUUCGGACAAAUCGAGACAACAGCAGCCACUGACUUGCAGCGAAAGGACAACGCAAUACGAAAGCUCGAGGACGGAAAUAAGAAGCAGAUCGCAAUUGAGACGUCAGCCGAACUUGGAGAACUCGGACUUUGCAAAAUCGAGCAGCGAGAAAAUUGAGGACAACAAAUCGUCGUCUUUGGACUUGAAGCUCGACCCUACUGCGGAUUUCAAGAAGAAACAACCUCGAGGGAAAUAUUUGCAAAGCCAACGGGCUGCGACGAAGAGGCCAUUGGACGCUGCUAGGCAGAAAGUCGCCGCAGUGAAAUCAAGAACUAUAGAGCAGAAAAGUAAGAGACUGACAACGGCCAGCGACGAAAGUAAAUUGUCAUCGCCGGUAAAGAAGUCAGCAAGCUCGGAAGAGGAUAAAUCAAAGACAACGUCGUCGUCGGACGACAAGUCCAAAUUGUCGACUGCUAUUGGCAUUGAUAUUGAUAAAUUGGUGGAAGAUGUCAGAGAAGCUGUAGAAAAGGAGCUGCAAGCUGCUAGAGAAGCAAUGAUUGUCGGAAAAUUAGGAGAGUCUGCAGCUGAUGAAAAGGGCGAUAAAGUAAAAAACUUGUCAAAAUUGGAAGAGUCUACGGCUGAAUGUAAGACUGACCAAGUGAAUACUUGCUCGAAAUCAAAUGAAACUCAGGGAUCUCCUACGAAAAUUAAAAGUCAGUCUCUAGAUAAAUUGAAGAGAGAAAUGGCAUCCAUAGAAAAAAAUCGAGGACACAGGUCUAUCGAGGGUAAAGAGAAGAAAGAAAAGUCAAAAUCAGUCAGCGGUAUAUCACCGACUAUAGCCAAAACGGACGAAGCAGUGACGUUCAUUGUUUUCGAAAACGACAAAAUUCGAGGUGAACCUUCCGCAAAAGCUUCGAGAUUGACGGAUAUACCCAGUCAAGAUUCGACGAAACCUCGAGAGCCAAUGCGGUCUAUAGAAAUAAUAAGCAAGCCAUUGGAGAUGAAAUCUGAAAACGUAGCGGAACAGAAAAAUGACGUUGUGACAAAAAAGACGUCGGAAAGAUUCGACGAAAUGGACAAGGCUGUACCAGACAGCAUCGAUGAAACUAAAAGACUUAUGUCAAGUGAAAAUGAAAACAAUAAGAGCGAGUUUGACGAAGCGAAAGAAAAAAUAUCGGAAAAAAUGACGAAAGCGGAAGAUGCAGUGAGCGAGAAGAGCGAAGAAACAAAGCAUAAUAUAUAUGACAGAGCCGAUGAAAGCAAGCAAAACAUUGGGAAUGAGAUGGAGCACACGAAACAAAGUGUAUCAAACGCAAUCGAUAACAUUAAAUUAAGCGUAUUCGAGCAAAUCGACAAAGGCACGCGUGAUAUUUCGAGUAGCGUCGAGGAUACAAAGCAGAACGCAUCAAAUGUCAUCGAUGAGGCAAAGGAGAACUUAUCUGAUAACAUUGGCAAAACUGAACAAAUUCUUUCGGACGUAGUUCAGGAGUCUGUUCAUGGAAUGCCGGAUAUUAUGGAUGAAGCCGAGCAAAGCGUGUCCGAUAAAGCUGAGCAAACAGUUUCAAGUUCAGUGACAAAUUCCAAGCAGAGUGUAUCAAAUAAAUUGCAGAUCGGCGGAAUCGAAAUCGAUUCACCCGAUGACAUUGACGAAAUAGGCGUGAAUCUUUCAGAUGCAAUGGGUGGUGCAGCGCAAAAUAUAUCGAUAGUAAAUGAGGAAGCUAGCAUUAGCGAUCAGCUUAAACAUACCGUGAAAAGCAUGCCAGAUGAAAUGAAGCCAGCCGAAAGCGAUCCAACCGUAACGGAUGAAAUGUCUGAAGCACAAAAAAGGACAUCUGAUCAAAUAGAAGAGAUUGCGAGAAUCGAAGCAAUUUGUCAAGAAUCAACGGUAAGCAAUGAAAUAUCUUCCAGCGGAAUUCCGUCUGCGGCAGAGCAAAGAAAAUCCGGAACAAGUGAACCCGAUAAAGCAGCUACAGGUGCAACAAGUGAUACUAAAAUAGAGCCUGAAUGCACUGUCUCGAAAGCUUAUCUGUGCGAAUCGACAUCCGCAAGUCUUCCAAGCGAGAUGAGAGAGCAAGAGGGGAGCGAAACGAUAAUCGAUGAUAGUAAAAGUGAUAAAGAAUCGGCGUCUGAACAACUGACGAUAAAAGCUCAAGAAGCCAACAGGAAAACAGGAGACGAAGAAACAAAUCGUAGCCGAGUUACGACGACUGUCGAGAAAUCGAUAGAAGAAACGAAGCGAACGGAGCGCGUCGAGCAAUCCAAAUCUGAUGUUCCGUCGCUGAAUGAAUCGCAGAACAUCCAAGUAAAGCCAUCGAAAAUCGAACGGGACAAAGCUCGCUUGAAAAUCCAAAGAUCGCGUAGUCCCGUGAAAUUUUUCAAACCAAUCAGUCCCGCGGUGCAAGUGAUUGCCACGACAAACGAGGACGAGAGUGACGAGGAGUCCUCGAGUGCGAGCGAUAUUUCAAACAAGACAGCCCUACAAACUAGUCAACCCUAUAGAACGCCAAGGCAUUCAAUAUCGUCCGACGAAAAGAAGCCCGAGCCGAAAGCAAGGCAGAGGUGGGACAAAGAGCCCUUACUGAAAGUUGAAAUGCCGAGGCCUUCGAAGACGAAUUUCCCCAAGAAGAUGGAAGUGUCGGCGAUUGAUAAGCCCUCGGCCGACCAGACCACACUGUCGAAAGCAAUUGCCAAAGAGCAAGUUGCGGCUGCGACAGGCAAAUCGACGACACGCGCAACAACGAAGGAGACCGAGCAAGCAGAGACUAAAGAAAUCACACGACCGGUAGUAGUAGGCGUCAAGCGAAAAGACCAUCUGCGUACGGAUCACUUCUCGCGAAUAGCCGACACGCGUCGAUCGUCACCACGGCAUGAAACUGGCGAAACGCAAAGUCGCUCGAACAAAGUGGAAAUUCGCUCGAAGCACCUGAAACUCCAAGUCAGUCACCAUUAUCGUCAAGCGAAAGAUGCCAACGUCGGCGAUGAACGUGAAACGGCCUCGCAGUCAACGACUACGACGACGACGGCGACGAAAGUGGUCGAGCACGGUAAGGAGCCGGAGAUAGCGAAUGCACGAUCGCGUUACAUGGCUUGGUAUCAGCAGAAGCGCGCUGAAACGGAAGUCAAACGACGAGAGAAAAAAGAAGCCGAGGAGCAACAGACGAGAAUCAAGUGGACGAAGAAGCCGACGGUUAAAUCUAGAAAAGCAAAGUCUGCGGAGGAUUCCGAUCAAAAUAAAGCUAAUGCUAAGGAAUCGCUAUCACGCGAGCGAGCGAAAUCCUCAUCUGAAAGCGCGCCAAGCGCCGCAACAGCUCGAAUAAGCCGUCUUCGAGUUCGUCCUCUGGUCAACGUCGAGUCUGAACAAUUGAAAGCGAUCGUACGUCAGGGGCGCAAGCUCCGCAAGAAAGAAGGUGGAACCGACGAAGACUUAACGGUGCAAAUUUUUGCGCCGGAAAGACCACCGCCCGAGAAAAUCGAAGACGAGAGACUGACCGUUGCGUUGCAGCUUCAGCCCCGACAUCAUCUUAUUCAGCACUCGGAAUAUAAAUACGAGAAGAGCGUGAUGCCACCAACGUUGCCGUUUUAUCUGCAUCCACCGCCAGCUCCACCCAAUCCAUCGCCCGAGAUGACAAUACGAAUUUUGACAUUCCAGGACGAUUCGUUAGAUAGUCGAAGAUUAGAUGACGACCUUGACUCGGGCAUCGCAGUAUCACUGCAAAAUGGCACGACACGACUGAAGCAUCAACAAGUGCUCGAGAAAAAGAGCGUCUUCGACAUCGCGUACAACGAAGCUGCUCCGACGCAGCUCCGCUCUGAUAGCAGUACUCCGCCAUCGUGA